GGGUUGCGGCUGGAAUGACGCGGCAUAUUUUUCACGCUUUUGAACCAAUUUAGCGCGUUGGAUAAGGCUGGGCAGGAGAGCAGCAACCAGCUGGUGGCUGACGACAGCCUACAGUCAAUAUGCAACCCCCCCCCCCUCAAUUCGACAACUGCUGAAGCGGCCGGUUUUUUUUCCUCCGCUCUCCGCUCCCGCAUAUUAAUUAUUGGAUGAGGAUCGGCGCGAUGAUGGUGCCCUUGACAGCGCCUUCGGUCACGGCCGCCGCCGCCGAGCGGAAGAGGUUGCGUGAGGUGUUGCACGAGGUGACUUGGUGGAGGAGGCCGCGAAAGGCGUGAUGCGCGGCGGCACGAGCCUUGCCCUCCGGCGCAGCCGAGAUCUCGGCCUCGACGCUGCGGAGGGCGUGAGCAGUGACGCCAGGCGCAUUGCCGAAGAUGGUGUGCAGGAGGUCGAGCGCGCCGGCGGAGGCCAGCUCCAGAUACGCGUCGGCAAGGGCGUGGAUUACGGUGAUGCCGUCGUAGUCGGUCUGCACGUGCGAGAGCACAUUGAGCAUGCCCUCGACAAUCUGCGGAACAAGCGGCGCAAAGGCGUCGUCGCCGGCAAAGAGCUUGACCACGCGCGAGGCGAGCGUUACGCCGAUGACGUGUGCACGCGGCGCUGGCCACCACAGCAGCUUGACCGAGGCCUCGACAAAGAGCGACCGCAUCGGCUCCUGCAGGACAAAGACAUCAGCUGCGAGGACCGAGUUGUUGCGAGACGGCAGUCGCGAUGAAAGCGACCGCAGCUGCGAGGCUAGCAGCCGCGUCGCCACCUGCAGCGCGUUGUUGAUCCGGCUCUCCUCGGCCUGCGCCGCCUCGGCCCCGUGGCGUUCCGAGAGCGCCGCGAGCGUCGCGCCCGACCCGAGCGCCUCCCACUCGGCCACGAGCCGCUCAAAGAGCGCUCCUGUCCACAGAUGCAGCAGCGGGUGAAGGAGCGAGUCGUGGUGGGCUUUGGGCGUCCGGGCCCGAAGCGGCGCAAUGAUCUUCUGCACCAUCGGCUCUAACACCGCGAGCGACGUCGUCCCGACGUGCUCCACAAUCGCCGCUGCCAGCGCCGCGCCCAUGUCGGGUAGCUCGCAGGUGACGUGCGGGUACUCGAGCGCGACGUGGAUGACCCCGUAGAGCUCGCGGACCACGGCAUGCAUCCACCACUGCAGAAGGACUGCCGGUGAGCCAAACUUGGAGCCAUCGCCCGGGUUAAGCCCGUGCCGCAGCAGCAAUGACGGCACUGCCGGUGAGCUCCAUGCGCUCUCGUUGACCGCAAGCAGCUUUGGUGGUGGGAGGAGGAAGGCGUCGGCAAACGCGUCCGGGAGCGCUGCAGCUGUGCUGGGCGCCAGCAGCGAGUGGAGCGACGAGAGCAGCGCGAGCAUCGGGCCGAGCACCACAGGAAUGGCGCUGGUCACCGCUUCCGACCGCCAUCCGCGCGAGAACGAAAACACCGUGUUGACCACGCUCACCAGAUGGAAGAUGGAGUUGCGGAAGCCAAGCGAGGCGCCCGAGUGCGCCUUGCUCGCGUCGUCGAGACCAAGCGCUUGCGCCAGCGCCUGGGGGCUCGCCACCGCUCCGCCGAGCUCGGUACCGGUCCACGCCGGCAUGACCUCGCUCAGCAUACCGCCUACCAGCUCGUCGCGCGCGCCCGGCUCAAGCCCGUCUGCGAGCAGCAGAAUCGCCUCGUAGAGCAGCGGUGUCUCAAAGUCUAGCACCGCCUGAGCUUCGCGCAGUCGCGCCACUUCGCCGCGCAGUCGCGCCAGUGAUCCGUCGAGCUGCUCGCCGGCCGCCAAGCAGAGAAGAGUGAGCUCGUGCGCCGCUCGCCGGCGUAUCUCAAACGUGCCUUGGCCCUCGACGGCGGCAUCAAGCGGCGCGUCCGACGCCGAGCCUGAGAGCCGGACCGUCGCCAUUGAGAACAAGAGAUCAAGAACCGGCUGAGCUGCCUCGGGCAGCGCAGAAAUAAAGGGGAAGAAGGCAGCG